AUGGUCAAAGAAACACAACUCUACGACCUCCUGGAGGUCCAGCCCGAUGCUACAGACAUCCAGUUGAAGAAGGCCUACAGAAAGCUGGCCAUCAAAUACCACCCCGAUAAAAACCCCAGCCCCGAGGCCGGUGAAAGAUUCAAAGAGAUCGGCGAGGCCUAUCAGAUCCUCUCCGACCCCGAUACCCGCGCUUUCUACGACAAGGUUGGCAAGGAUGGUAUGAGCCGCCCGGAGGAGGGCAACUUUGACCCCCAAGAGGUCUUUUCACAGAUCUUUGGUGGCGCGGCUUUCUUCGACUAUAUUGGCGAGAUUGCUUUGGUCAAGGACUUUACUACCACCAUGGAUGUUGUCAUGACCGAUGAAGAGAAGGAGCAGAUGGAAGCGGCUGCCAAGGCCGACGCAGAGGCCCAUGCCGAAGCCGAUGCCCCCACCGAGAAGACCUCUGCCGCUGCGGCCGCUACAGCUGCCACAACGGCUGACCCCCUGGGCCAGCCCGCUGCUGGAGCCGCUAAAGACGCUGCUGUUGAUGAAGUUGGCGAGGGCGUACAAAGCAUGACAUUGCAUUCUGGCGCCAGUAACGCCCCUACCCCCUCAGACAAGGCCGAAGUUGGGAGCGCGCAGAAAACAGAGAGUGCUAAGAAGGCCAAGGCCAAGAUCACUCCCGAGCAAAAAGCUCAGUUGGAGGCUCUCGAGAAGAAGCAGGAAGAGGAGAAGGAAAAGAGGAUCAAAACUCUUCAGGAUAAGCUGUUGCUGAGGAUCAGACCAUUCGUCGACGCCAAGCAUCCUGGUGAUAUCAAUGACCAAGAGACGAAAGUGUUUGAGAGCCGAAUCAGGAUUGAGGCUGAGGAUCUCAAGUUGGAGUCUUUCGGUGUUGAGAUGCUUCACACGAUCAGUCAAGUGUACAUCACUAAAGCCGGCAACUUCCUGAAGAGCAAAAAGUUCUUUGGUGGCGGGUUCAUUGGGCGUUUGAAGGAGAAGGGAGGUAUGAUGAAGGAGGGCUGGAAUCUCUUGGGGUCUGCGGUCGGUGUGCAAACAGCAAUGGCCGAGAUGGAACGCCUCGAGGCCAAGGGCGACGCCACACAAGAGGAACUUGAGGCCCUCGCUCAAGAAGUCUCCGGCAAGAUGCUCCUCACCACGUGGCGCGCCACUAGAUGGGAGGUCAUCAACGUCCUUGGAGUAGUAGUUGACAAUGUCUUGUACGAGCAAGGCAUCUCCAAGGAUGUGGCGGCGAAGAGGGCAAAGGCUAUCAUGUGCAUCGGAGGAAUCUUCAAGGAUGUACAGCCUGACGAGAGCGACGAUGAAAGACGGGAGCUUGAGAGACUGGUGAUGAACGCUGGGAAGAAGAAGGUCGAGAAGAAGGAUGAGAAGGAGAAGAAGGGUUGGUUCGGCAAGUCUAGCCACAAGCAUGAGUCUGUCGCCACCGCGGAGGGCACGGAAGCCAAGGAGACGCCCAAGGUCAGCGCUUAG